AUGAUUGUUUUUCAGGUUGGUGCUUGUCCGUUCUCCUACCGGAAACGGCUGAGCAAUCAAAAUCCAGGAAUCCAGGGGCGCAAGAUCUUCUACUACCGUGCUCGGCUUUUACCAAGCUCAGAGGUCGCUUUGCCUGAGACGACACCUGUGUCGGACUGGGCCUGGUUCAACCGGCAGGAGAGCCAAUUGUGA